CAGACAGACAUUUUAGGGACAUUUUAGGGAGGCCCUGCCAGUGAUGUCCUUCGACGGUCACAUGGACUCGUCACCCGUAGACUGCAGCAAGGGGUGCUGGUGGCGCAUUCCUGCCCCAAACCGCUGGCCCACGUUAGGACCACCACCAGUCCUAAAACCAAAACACCUCUAAUCCUGUCCAGGACUCCAGUCUCGGAAUCAGCGCAUGGCCGCCCUGGAAGCCGCCAGGUUCCACGCCAUUGGCCCUGAGCCACGCCAGACUCGUUGUGUCGUGGCUUUGGGCGCAACUCGCUGCACCACCCAGGCCGCCCAUACGCGUUAUAUCCAGGACAUCCAAUGCACAGAAAAUCAGGAAAAAACUCAGGACUGUUAGCGUCUACAUGUUGUUACACUGCUAGUACUACAAGUACCCACAGUACAUCGGUACACACCCUAAUUGAUCCUUCUCCCGUACGCCGGUACGUCUCACUCGCUUAUUCCCGCCCCACCUCCCGCACCUCCCGCCACUCCACCCCAAAUCCGCUCCUCCCAUCCUCCAUGGUGUCCCCCUCCAAACUCACAGCCCUAGCGUUGCUACUACCCUGGGUCGCGUCGCUAGGCAUCACGGUACCGCCCGUCAAGGUCGGAGACAAGAAGAACUACUCCUCCAAAAACAACCUCAAGAACUGCAUCAGCUAUCCCACGGUCGGCGAAGACGUGAUUAUGUUGAGAAUCAACGCUGGCAACCGUAUUGCAUCACAAUCGUUGAACCUCUUCGUGUUCGACGACGAGGACAACACGUUCAGACGGCAGGACGACCUUGAUUUCGAGGUGUCGUUCAUCUUUGCCAACCUCAACAGCCGCAACCCCAGCCCUGGCGGCCACGAUCCGUCCAUGUUGGAGCUGUUCAAGCGCUCGGGUCUCUUCCAUCUCGGCCACAAGGCAGCCCCAGCCGUCCUGGAGCACGAAAGGGAGAAGGCCAACGAGCUUUUGAACUCCAAUAACGGCAAGUCCUUGAUCUACGUCUGUUUCGACAACAUAUACAUGGACAAAUCGUGGUCUUUCAAGCCACAGUCCCGCGAUGUGGAAUUGGACGUCACCAUCAAAACCUUAAACACAUUGAAAGACACCAACUACAACUCCUUUGCCCACUACUUCUCCUCACUCAAGGCAUCGGAAGACAAAAGCGAUGAUCCAAGCGCAGAACCCCAAUUCACCGAAGAAGAUUUCGAUUCCAAGAUGGACUUCUUAAAAUCCGAAUUGAAUAAUGUCAUCAAGAACCUCGAAAACUCCGAGCUCACCUUGAAAGCCUUGGUGGAUCAAGAAUCACACCACAGAGAUGCCAACGAAGCAAUCUUUUCCCGUUACACACGAGUAUCCAUAACAGUUCUCGUUUGCAUAGCCGCCAUAGGUAUUCUCCAAUUAAUUUAUUUCAGGUGCUACUUGCAAAAGAGAAAGAUUUUAUAAGCAUGAAAAUCAGUUUGAUUUCAUUCAAAUUAUGCAUGUGAGCUAGCCACGCUAGUGAUCCAUCAGUACACCUUUAACAGUCAGUACUUAUGCUAGUGAUCCUACCUACUAGUUGAUACUCUAAUUCAAAUCUUCAUUUCCUUUAAUAUAUUCGUAAGACUUUGUAUAGGAAUGUAUUCUAUUUAUUGUAUAUUAACG